CAGGACUUCUGUGGCCACCAAAGCUGUGACACGCUGGGCGUGGCCGAUAUCGGCACCAUGUGCGACCGCAACAAGAGCUGCUCGGUGAUCGAGGACGAGGGCCUGCAGGCAGCCUACACCCUGGCUCACGAACUGGGCCACGUGCUCAGCAUGCCCCACGAUGACUCCAAGAACUGCGAGCGGCUCUUCGGGCCCCUUGGCGAGCACCAUGUGAUGGCCCCGCUCUUCAUCCACUUGAACAAGAGCCAGCCCUGGUCCCCUUGCAGUGCCAUGUACCUCACCGAGUUCCUGGAUGGAGGGCAUGGUAAGUCUGUU